AUGGGAAAGUUGGACCACAACACCCCAUCACCCAUCUUUGGAGGAAGCACCGGAGGACUGUUGAGAAAGGCACAAGUUGAAGAAUUCUCUGUCAUCACAGGGGAUUCACCCAAAGAACAAAUCUUCGAGAUGCCAACGGGAGGGGCAGCCAUUAUGAGGCAAGGACCCAACUUGCUCAAGCUGGCAAGGAAAGAGCAGUGCCUGGCUUUGGGUACCAGGCUGAGGUUUAAGUACAAGAUCAAGUACCAAUUUUACAGGGUUUUCCCAAAUGGCGAGGUUCAAUACUUUCACCCCAAAGAUGGUGUUUAUCCUGAGAAGGUGAACCCCGGUCUUCAAGGAGUGGGGCAGAACUCUAGGUCAAUUGGGAAGAAUGUCAGUCCCAUUGAAGUUAAGUUCACUGGAAAACGAGUUUAUGACUUGUAAGAUGAGCGACUUCAUGAAAAUGAUGUAAAACCAUGAUUUCUUGUUAAUUGUUCUAUGUACUUUCUCCUUUUGUACUGCGUUUA